AUGGCUGUCUUUUCUCGCGCCGGCUUCCUUGCCGUCGCGCUCGUCUUCCACGUCGUGUACAUCUACUCCAUCUUCGACAUUUACUUUGUCAGUCCAAUCGUUUCGGGCAUGCAACUCGUUCCAAUUGAACGUCCCGCCGGUGUCAAACCCCCCGCUGAUCGCCUUGUUCUCUUCGUCGGAGACGGUCUGCGAGCCGACAAAGCCUUCCAGUCGUUCCCCGACCCCUACCCUAAGACUGAGGAAGACCUGGAGCCAAAGCCUCUGGCCCCAUUCCUACGAUCCCGCGUUCUCGAGCAUGGCACUUUCGGUGUAUCACACACGCGCGUACCGACCGAAUCUCGUCCAGGCCAUGUCGCCCUCAUCGCUGGUCUGUACGAGGAUGUCUCCGCUGUUGCGACUGGCUGGAAGCUCAAUCCAGUCAACUUUGACAGUGUUUUCAACCGGAGCAGACAUACCUGGAGCUGGGGCUCACCCGACAUCCUCCCAAUGUUCGAGACGGGAGCCGUCCCUGGCCGCGUCGACUCCUAUACCUACGGACAUGAGUUCGAGGACUUCAGCUCGGAUGCGCUGGAGCUAGACUACUGGGUCUUUGAUCAUGUCAAGGACUUCUUUGCCGAGGCUGCUAGAAACGAAACAUUGAACGCGGCCUUGCGUCAAGACAAGAUUGUGUUCUUUCUCCAUCUUCUCGGCUUGGAUACCUCCGGCCACUCAUACCGGCCGUAUUCGAAGGAGUACUUAAGAAACAUCCAAGUUGUCGACCAAGGCGUUAAGGAAAUCACCGAAUUGAUAGAGGGUUUCUACGCUGACGACCGCACUGCCUUCGUGUUCACAGCUGACCACGGCAUGAGUGAUUGGGGCAGCCAUGGCGAUGGCCAUCCGAACAACACGCGUACCCCCUUAAUCACAUGGGGCUCGGGCAUUGCCCCACCGGUGCUUGCUUCCAACGCAACAGCCCCCGGACAUGACGAAUAUUCUUCUGACUGGCAUUUGGAUCAUGUCAAGAGGCACGACGUCGCACAGGCCGAUGUAGCUGCCUUGAUGGCCUAUCUUGUUGGCGUCGAGUUCCCAGCCAAUUCGGUCGGCGAGAUACCACUGUCCUAUGUCUCCUCAAGCAUCGAGGAUAAGGCUGAAGCAGCUCUGGUCAAUGCUCGGGAGAUCCUCGAGAUGUACCGGGUCAAGGAAGAGCGCAAGAAGGCCACGGAGCUGCGUUAUAGGCCAUUCCACCCCUUAAGUGAGGCAGGCCUUAGUCCACAGCGCCGAGUGGCGGACAUACGUCGAUUGAUUGAAGCUGGGAACCACGAGGAGGCAAUUGAGGAGUCGGCUGCCCUCAUGAAGAUUGCACUUGAAGGUCUAAGAUAUCUGCAGACUUAUGACUGGCUUUUUCUCCGUACGCUCAUCACUAUCGGCUACUUGGGCUGGAUGGCAUUCGCGAUGACCAUCGUCAUUGAUCUUCAUGUUCUGCGUGGCAAUCGCCCUGCUUCACGAACAUUGCUGAGCACGACGAUGUUCAGCUCACUUCUUGCUGCUCUUUAUGCUUCCUUCAUUAUAUCUCACUCACCGCUUACGUACUAUGCGUACGCUUUCUUCCCCAUUGUUUUCUGGGAGGAGGUCUGGGCCCGACGUGGCUCUCUCGUAAAAGGCCGUCAGGUCCUGUUUGGACAUAUCCAGACUGGCCCCAGUGCUGUUUCUUUUCUCCUGAAUGGUGCUCUUUACAUCGGUGUCAUCGUUUCGUUGGCUCUAGGAUACAUCCAUCGGGAGAUUCUCACGGUCAUCUACAUUCUCGGCUCGUUGUGGCCGGUUACAUGGGGCUUGGACUUCCUCCAGGCUAAUGCGUUUUUGUCUGCCACAUGGUUCAUGUCAUGCCUUGCCAUGAGCACAUUCACGUUGCUCCCGGCUAUGAAGGUGGAGGAUGUCUCUCUCAUCGUGGCAGGAGGAGUCAUCAUGGCUUCCAUAGGUCUAGCAUAUCUUGUCUGGGAGGACGUGUUGCUUGCUAGGUCGUCUACGGGAAAAGUAGUCGGCCAAGCGCUGCCAAUCGCGAGGGCACUGACAGGUAUUCAAGUCGGCUUGAUUCUCCUAGCAAUCGUAGUCACGCGGUCCAGCGCUCUGUCUCUUCAAGCAAAACUCGGGCUUCCGCGAGGAAACCAGAUUGUGGGAUGGAUUGUGUUGGUUGUAUCCCUCCUCAUGCCUCUCACGUACCGGUUGCAGCCUAACAACCACUACUUGCAUCGUCUUAUGAGCUUGUUUCUGACCUGUGCUCCGUCGUUUGUAAUUCUCACCCUCUCUUACGAAGGUCUUUUUUACGUGACCUUUAGCAUUCUGUUGGUUGCAUGGGUUAGUCUUGAACACCGCAUCUUCGUCUUCGGCGAUGUUGCCAGUGAACAUCGGCAACCCACAUCUAACGGAAGCGCCGCCAAGUCGCAGAGCGUACCACAGCCGGUCUUCAGAGCUCUUACUUUGGCAGACGCACGAGUGGCUUUGUUCUUCUUCGUCCUCCUGCAAUCGGCUUUCUUCAGCACAGGCAACGUAGCAUCGGUCUCCUCCUUCAGUCUGGAUGCUGUGUACCGUCUGAUUCCGAUAUUUGACCCUUUUUCGCAAGGGAUACUUCUCAUUCUCAAGCUUAUGAUUCCUUUUGCCCUCAUCUCGGCGAACCUCGGAAUCCUCAAUGCCCGGCUGGGUGUUGCUCCCUCGUCUCUAUUCAUGGUUGUAAUGGCAAUCAGCGACGUACUGACCCUAUACUUUUUCUGGGUCGUCAAGGACGAAGGCUCAUGGUUGGAGAUCGGAUCCACCAUUAGCCACUUUGUCAUUGCAAACGUGCUGUGCCUCUUCGUGGCAUCAUUGGAGGGAGUUAGCGCGCUCUUCAUUGGCGACGUCGAAUAA